AUGGCCGAUCCUGACGACCCCCGCCACCCUGCACCACCACCAUAUCCAGAAGCUCCGGUCGCAUCUCAGGCAGCCGCCAUCCAAUUUCACAUUCCAAACAACCUCCUUCCGCUGAAUAUUCACCUCGAUCGUCACAAUUACUCAUAUUGGCGAUCCCUAAUUCUUCCUUCUGUUCGUGCUCAUGGACUCGAUGGCAUCCUUCUUGGCACAACUCCACGGCCUGAACCUCUUCUUGUAUGUACGAAUUCGAUUAAUCCUGCCUUUGACCAUUGGAUUCGUUGUGAUGCUCUGUUAAUGAGUUGGCUGAUGAAUUCUCUUUCCGAGGCUAUGCUUGGACAUGUUCUUCACUGUUAA